AUGCCAAUCAAGCGUAAAGCAGAGGACGUUCCAGCGAAAAGUUCUUCAAACAAAAAGCGCAUUGUGAACGAGGGAAGAGCAGCGUUUCGGCAGAAUUUAUUCGAGCCUUCCACUGUCAAGCAAUUUCGCCAGGAAUAUACCAUUAGCGCACCUUACCCUCAUGCUGUUGUGUCAGACUUGAUCCAAGAGCAGCUACUACGGGAUGUGCGUAGUGAAAUUCAAGAAAACAUUCACUUUACGUUGAAAGAGACUGAUAUCUACCGCAUACAUCAAUCUGGCGACCUUGCCAAUCUCUCCAACCUCGACCAGGACUCUCUCAAGCGUUUACCGAGCCUCGUUAAGCUAAGAGACGCUCUCUAUAGUCCGGACUUCCGAGAAUGGGUCUCGCAGGUCACUGGCGCAGGCAAGGUGUCUGGUCGUAAGACUGAUAUGGCAGUGAAUGUUUAUACGCCUGGUAGCUACUUACUCUGCCACGACGAUGUCAUAGGUAGCAGAAGAGUCAGCUACAUAUUAUACCUCACAGAUCCUGAUGAGCCAUGGCAGCCAGACUGGGGUGGUGGAUUGAGACUAUACCCUACAGAACUGAAAAAGAACAAGAAAGACGAAGACAUAAAGGUACCACUUGCAGAAUGGACUGAGAAUAUACCACCUGCCUUUUCACAGCUCAGCUUCUUCACCGUCUUACCGGGUGAGAGCUACCACGACGUCGAAGAAGUAUAUCACGGAGCAAAUGCAGAAGAAGACAAGAACAGGAUACGCAUGGCUGUGAGUGGCUGGUUCCAUAUUCCACAAGAAGGCGAGGACGGCUAUGAAAAGGGUGUCGAGGAAGCGCAGGCUCAGAAGUCGAGUUUGGCACAGUUACAAGGUGCGGCCGAUGAGUUUGACGAGCCCCGUAUCACAUUCCGACACUUCGAUGAGCCGAGAAGAGUUGUCAAUGCGCAAGCAACAGGGACUGAAGAAGAUCCAGGUGACACGGCUGACCAGGACGAGACCAUACUAACAGAGCAAGAUCUGACAUUCUUGAUUCAGUAUAUUGCACCUGGCUUCCUGGUUCCAGACAAGCUCGAAGAAUUGUCAGAAGCUUUUGAAGCAACCUCCAUGCUUCAGCUUGACGACUUCCUGGCUUCGAAGUUCACUGCUCUACUCAAACCCUACCUUGAGCGCGCCGAAAACUCGGAUCCUGCAGGGUCAAAGAACCCAGACAUCUCUCCAUCGACCUGGCCACUUGCUCGUCCUCCACACAAGCACCGUUUCGCUUAUCUGACGGAAGAUACGCUCACAGCCACGGAUGCUGACUCACCAGUUUCGAAACUCCUCCAGGAUUUGUUGCAUUCCCAUGCUUUCAAGAAGUGGCUGGCACUCGCAACAGGGUUACGUCCGUCGAGUCUACUCAGACAGCAUGCUCUUGCUCGUCGUUUUCGGGCUGGUCAUGACUAUGCACUCGCCAGCACAUACACGGGCGAGCAGCCAAGACUCGAAUUUACAAUCAACAUGACACCUACCACUGGAUGGGACAGGACAGAGAUCGACGAACCACCGACGAAUGGCAAAGUCAAUGGUGCUGCAACUGGGUCGUCGAAGAACAGCACGCACGACACAAGCCUAGUCGACCACGAGCCCCUCGAAUGUGGCGGCGAGGAAGUCUAUAUGGCAGCGGACGACGAUGCAGCUUCAACGCACUCGAAGGCUCUACCCAACGUGGGCAAGAAAGCCGUGCACGACCCGGCCGUAUAUCAGACUGGAGACGGAGGCGAAGAUGACGGGAUAUUGUUCAGUAGUUCUCCAGCUUGGAAUACUUUUAGUGUUGUAUUGAGGGACAAAGCGACGAUGAGGUUUGUGAAGUAUGUAUCCCAAGCAGCCAAGGGCGACAGAUGGGAUAUCAAAGGUGAGAUCGAGUUGGCGGAGGAUGCUUUCGAUGGUGAGGACAACGAAGAUGCCCUGGGCGAGGUAGGAGAGGACGAUGUUGAGGAAGAGAUCGAAUUUGAUGACUAUGAUGGCGAAGGCGCGUCGGAUGAUAACGACGAUGACGAAGAGUAG